ACUCAGAAACUUGAACUUUUCUACUUUACAAACUCCCAAAAACGUUUCAGCAUCAGAAAACUUUUAUUUGAGAAAUUCUACACUUUUUCCAAAUUAUCUUUGGUAAUGCCCCUUGACAAGCUUCGAGCCAUGCCGGUGGAGAAGAUCCUCAGCUUUCGGAGGAAUCCUGAUCCGCAGCAGCAACUGGGGCAGCAGACGGAAGACCUAGAGGAUGUUCCCAGAUUCUUGCCAUCGCAACUCUUAAAGGGCGAAGAUGCCAAGGGAACGAAUCGCAGGAUGGGGGAUAGCGUUCCGGAGGAAGCUCUUAGACUGCCGCCUCCUCGUAGAUCUCCUGUCUCGAUGAGGAAUCUCCAGCGGGAGCUGUACUCGCCCAGCCAAUGUAUGAAUGUCCUGAAAGCCAUCGUGGUUGUGGCAACCAUUUGCGUGAUGUUCGUCACGAUUCCCUUGUACCGUCGCCAGCAGUCGAAUAAGGAGACCGAUCUGAAGAUGAUUCUGCUGUGGAACGAUCCAACCCUCACUGGUGGGCCAGCUCACAUGGAAUGUGGUUGCCUGAUCACCACUCAAAGGAACCACAACGACAAGGCUUUCGAUGCAGUGGUCGUGAAUGCAGAUCAUCCCUAUUCCUUGAAGGCUUUGAACGUAACCAAUCUGAAUCCGGAUUACUAUCUGGUUUAUGCCGCCAAGAAGCCAUUGAGUCUACAGCAGGGUCCUACUUCAGUGUUACCACCCUUCAAUUUGACCAUGACCUAUCGUCUGGACUCGCAGGUAAUCUGGACGGACUACUACUUCUCUCAUCCGAAUCUGGCCAGAAGGCUUGGGUCCUUCGAGGCUCCCAGCAAUAACUUUGCGGACGACAUGCCGGACUCACAGAAACUGCGCCUGGAGAUCGAACUAAAGAAAAAGUCCCAACUGGCCACGUACAUGACCUAUGAGGUGGAUGAGAGUACCCUUCCCCAGAGCCUGUACUUGGAGGAGUUUCGAAAAUAUGCUGACCUCGAUGCCCAUCAUGGUUGCCUGGGUGCCGAUGGCUGCAGUCCCUACCACUUUAUGUUGAUCUUCGAACCCACCUCCUGCCCGGAUUACGUGCCCUGGGAUAUGUACUUGGCCAUGGAGAAAUACGUCGUGCCAGUUCUAAUCGGAGGAGGAAACCUAACCAAUUUGGUACCCCAACACUCGUACAUUAGCAGCAAGGACUUCUCCAACCCAAAGGAUCUGAUAAGUCACCUAAAGGCCGUCGCAGGUAAUCCGGAGCAGUACAGGAGUUACUUCUGGUGGCAUUCCCUGUACAAGCUGCGCCAGACUAUCCAGCCCUACUGCGCCCUCUGCACCCUCCUCCAACAGCCUGCCGAGCAGCGCCAGAUUCUCCAGGGCUUCUCCAGGCUGGGCCUCGUCAACUGGUGGACCGAAUACCAGUGCCCCAAUCGAUCCACCACCUUCCUCUGAGGCCCCGAGCGAUCCCAAUUAUAAUUACCAGCGAUCGCAAAUUGCCCUCGUUCGGUGUGGUUCCGUUUAGUGGCGUUGAGUUUGGGCUUCCAUCGUCUUGGGGCCUUUUUCGGCGGAUCGGCGGGUUCUUGCCGGUUUAAUUCCGCGGAAUUUCGGCGGCACUCCAUUGACCUCGCCGACAGCCCCGGAAUGAAGGGAGCUUAAUAAGUUAUACUCUGUUUUCGAGUUCAGGUUCCCUCAGUUUUGGAUUAUGCCAAAUUUUAAGUAAAUAACUACGAAAUGGCUUGUACAACUUUUAAACUAAUUAAAUCCCUUUUUAGUUAGCUAAUAAA